CGAAAAAGUCUGAACUGGAGUCGUCAAAAAUGUAUCGUACAGAAAACAAACAAGCAUCAUUUCCAAAUACCACUGUGUGUUCAGGUGCUUUAUGGAAUAGAAAUAUCGAGGAAUAUCGGGCUACAAGUGAUUACAGACUUGAAAACAAAGAAGGACAAUGCUUUCAAAGAAAGAAAUGUGAUAAGCCCGUUACCAGGAAGCCGUCUUUCAUGAUUUGUGACAUUUUAUCAGAAAAAGAUACAUCAAGUAAAGAAGGUUUCACCACUGAAUCAAGUUACAGCAAAGAUACACAGGAUGUAUCAAACUCACCUGUGUCUGUAAGGAGCAACACACCAGAUACUGGUAUAGAUUUGCAUUAUACUCCAUAUGGAAAAAUGUCAUCCUCAAAAUUAAAGAAACCCCGGAAGGCAAGAACAGCUUUCACGGACCAACAACUUAACAAUCUUGAAAAACAUUUCGCAAGACAGAAAUACCUCAGCGUCCAGGACAGACUUGAAUUAGCUACCAAGCUAGGUCUGUCUGACACCCAAGUCAAAACAUGGUACCAAAAUAGAAGAACAAAGUGGAAGCGUCAGACAUCUGUGAGUUUGGAACUUUUGGCAGAGGCCGGGAGCAUAGCAACUGCACAAAGGUUUAUUGGGUCCUAUGUCAAUCCUUAUUCGGAUUCAACUUACAUACCUGAUAUCUACCACAGACAGAAAUCAAACUUGUUUGUGCCGAGAACAAUGCUGCCACCGUUAUAUAGCUAUUAGAAGUUUUAAAUCAUUGACAAUGUAAUUAUGAUAUCAUACUAUUAAUAUUGUACAUUUUAACAUUAUUUUGCAACUUCAUGAUUUUUUCUAUUGACAUUAAAAUAUUUUGUUUCACUGAA